CUGACCCCGGAAGGACUCCGCCUUCCCCCGUCAGGCUGCUGCCGCUCAGCGCCAGGCUGCAGCUGGGAGGCAGGCGUGGGCGCACCAGCUGUACCUGGUCUGGAGCUCCCGAUUAGAAGAGGAGCUAUGUCGGAAGAAACCAUAAAUGAAUCACAGUUUUCCUUGAAGACAGCAGCACUAAGAGUGUUUGACCUUCCUCUGUCUUGGUACUAUUCUCUCUCCCAGAUCAGAUUUUCUCCAGUGGCUAAAAAGUUGUUUGUGGUAACUGCAGUGAGUGCUAUAUCUGUAAUUUUUCUGGCCCAUCACUUUAAAAGAAAACGUGGAAAGAAGAAAGGAAAAAUAUUACCAUGGGAACCAGAGCAUCUCAUACUUGAACACACUAAAAGAGCAGCAUCAGACAAAGGUUCAAGUUGUUCCAGUAGCAGACAGAAUUUGACAUUAUCUUUAAGUUCUACCAAAGACAAAGGAUCUCAAUCUUGUAACUAUGCUAAUGGAGGACUUUUCAGUAAAUACUCAGGUUCUGCACAGAGUUUGGCCUCCGUCCAGAGUGUCAAUUCUUGUCAUAGCUGCGCUUGUGGCAAUUCUAAUUCCUGGGACAAAGCAGAUGAAGAUGAUAUCAAACUUGUUAAUAUCCCUGUGACUACUCCAGAGAACUUAUACUUAAUGGGUAUGGAAUUGUUUGAAGAGGCAUUGCGUCGAUGGGAACAAGCUCUAACCUUUCGCAAUAGACAGGCUGAAGAUGAUGCCUGUGGUUCCAUUAAGAUGGGUGCAGGAGAUGCCAUUGCUGAAGAAAAUGUAGAUGAUAUUAUUAGUACUGAAUUUAUCCAUAAACUUGAAGCUCUGCUGCAGAGGGCCUAUCGUCUCCAAGAGGAGUUUGAAGCUACCCUUGGGGCAUCUGAUCCUAAUUCCCUUGCUGAUGAUAUUGAUAGAGAUACAGAUACCACCAUGAAGGGGAAUGUGGAUGACUUUGGCCUACGAGACACCUUGAGCAUCGCAUCCACGGAUUCCUUUGCUUCAGCAGCAGAGCUUGCAGAACACAGAGAAGUACGGCAUACCUACAGCUUGGAGUCCCUGUGUCACUGCCCGUUUUAUGAGGAAGCCAUGCAUUUAGUUGAAGAAGGAAAAAUUUACUCCAGAGUACUGAGAACUGAAAUGUUGGAGUGCCUCGGAGACAGUGAUUUUCUUGCCAAACUUCACUGUAUUCGACAGGCUUUUCAGGUAAUUCUUUCAGAAUCAGCCAACAGGAUAUUCCUCGCUGAGAGUGGAAGGAAAAUUUUAUCAACUUUAAUUGUGAAAGCACGAAAGAAUCCAAAGAAGUUUGAAGAUGUUUUUGAUGAAAUGAUCUAUUUUUUAGAGCAGACUGAUCACUGGGGUAGUACUGAAAUGGAACUUGCUGCUAGAGGGGUGAAAAAUCUAAAUUUUUAUGAUGUUGUUCUGGAUUUUAUAUUAAUGGAUUCCUUUGAAGAUUUGGAAAACCCACCCACAUCCAUACAAAAUGUAGUAAAUAAUCGAUGGCUAAACUCAUCCUUCAAAGAAACAGCUGUGGCUUCCAGUUGUUGGUCGGUGCUGAAACAGAAAAGGCAGCAGAUGAAGAUCCCAGAUGGAUUUUUUGCCCAUUUUUAUGCCAUUUGUGAACACAUCAGCCCUGUCCUAGCCUGGGGCUUUUUGGGUCCUAGAAAUUCUCUCUAUGAUUUAUGUUGCUUUUUUAAGAAUCAAGUUCUUUUAUUUCUCAAAGACAUUUUUGACUUUGAGAAGGUACGUUAUUCAAGUGCAGAGACUUUGGCUGAAGACCUCAAGCAGUUACUCAUUCGCCGCACUGAGCUUUUAAUGGCCUAUCUUGAAGCAGAUGCCCUGAGGCAUAUGAGUAGUUGUCUAAGUAGUCACGGUCAUGUUAUGCCUCCUGGGCUACUGGAAGCCAAAGUACAAUAAGUACCAUAAGGAUCAUACAGUUUGAGUGUGCUAUGAAAUAUUUUAAGGUAACUAUUGAUUUUGUAACACACAAACAAAAUCAACAGAAUUGGUGCAUGUGGAUUCAGGGAGGAAAAAAAAUCUAGUAAAAAUGAGCAACUGUACUGUAUUUAUACAAUAGUUCUGUCAUUGAAUUCCUGUGUAGUGUAUUCAAAGUGGCUUUUUACACUCAUUAGGUAAUAAUCAAAGUCACGAAAUGUUGUGUAUUUUACAGAAAUAUUGCUUGAAUUGAAGCCAAUAUUUGGGAGUUAAUUGGUUUGUCGUCUUGAAGCUGUCAUUCUCAAAAGCUGUUUUUCUGCUUUGCACCUUGAAAAUAUACAUGUUAGCCAAGAUCUUUGUGGCCCACAUGUGCAAGAAUAUACUACUUCUAGUGUCAAUGUAUUUAACUUUGCCUAGAAACGUAUUUUUAAUUAUAAAGUUAUUAAUUUGUUGAAUCAAGUUUAGGCAGUAAUGAUGUUUAGUAUGUACUGCAUACAUUAUUGCUUGUGCAUUUGCUUAUGUAUUUGAAUCAAAGAAACUGUAAUCACUGAAUAUUGUUAUAGAACAUUUAAAUGGACCACUUGUGGUAGCUCAUGCCCAUAACUCUUCGGGAGGCUGAGGCAGGAGGAUAGUUUGAGGCCCGGUGGUUUAAACUGGCCUGGACAACAUACAGGAGAACUCCCCCCCAUCUCUACGCAAAUACAAAAAUAAAUUAGGUGGUAUCAAGCAGAGUUCCAUGGAAAUAUUAAUUUUUUU